CCAAGAACCAAGUGACGUUACAGGAAAAAAAAAAUUACACUAAUUUGGACAAUGUCGGCAAUUUAAGUGUUAGAUCAAGGAGGUGGUUUAAAAAACAUAUUUGGCUGUUAAAUUAAAAAACAAAACCAAAAGACGUCCUUGGAGAAUUUGACUACUAACUUUAUACCAAAAUGUCCUUGUUAUUCAUAUCAUUUCUUCUGGGGAUGUUGGGUCAUUUUAACCACUGCAUCUUUUGCUCCCGCAUUAACCACUUUCCAAAAACAAGAAACUGACUUGGUGUUGGGAAUGUGACAUUUUAAUUUAUUUUUAUUUAUAUAUGCAUAUAUAUAUAUUUAUAUAUAUAUAAAUAUAUAAUGCAAUCCAAAAUCCUAGACCUAACACUUCUUAAGGGAUAAUUCUCAUUAACUAGGCAAGGAUCUAGAGACUUUGGGUUCUGCUCUGUGGCAGCUGGUAUAGUGCUGUGGGUUUGCUUCUGUUCUGUAUGCAUCAAACAUGGGAAACAGAAAAUUGUGAGUGAUCUGGCUUCCUCCAGUGGGUUUACAUUGAGACAUUUGGUCCAGAGUUAAAAGCAGGGACCAGUGAGCUCAAAAUGUCUUGCCUAAAUCAAGCAGUAACCCCAAACUGCUGUGGACUGCCAAGUCACAAUUUUCUGAGGUAUUUGGGUGCUCUGGGUUGGGGCUUCAGGUUUCUUGAUGAUUUGAAAUGCUUCUAGGUUAUGGUUUCAAAGGGAAAUGUUGUGACAUGUUCAGGAUGUAAUUGUGUAAUAACUGAAAACUGAGUUCUGAAAAGGCACAUAGAAUUUUUUUCCACAUGAUCUGGAAGCUUUUAAAAUACUUUUUUUUUGUGAUGUAAAUCUGCUAGUGCUGGUAAGUCACUGGGAUGAAACUGCCACAGCUAGUGACUGCUACAGUCUUAUAAUGAAACCAAUUCCUCAAGCUGAGCUGUGGAUAAAAUUAAAGCUAACGAGAUUGUACGAGUGAGACUAGAAAAGCAAGGUCCAAGUUCUAUACUGAGGUAUUGCUAGUGCUUGCUGCUCUUCAGUACAUCUUGUCUAUCAUAUUUAUAUAUAUAAAAUUAUAUAUUCAGCUAACAUGACAGACUUGGAAGUCAAAGAAACACAGGAGUGUUUACAAUAAACGUAUCAAAACAUUGUUUUUCGUGUAUCGUGGCAGCAUUCAAACCUUACCAGGUGUCUUUAGUCAAAAUAGCUAUCCAAAAAUGUAACGCUUCAUCCAGAAAAAAAUGAAGUAGUAAAAUACCUACUGCUCUUCCCGAGGUCAAAAAAAAAAUAAAAAAAAUUUCAUGGGCUGCAUUAAAUGUCAGACUUUCAGCAUAAAGAGUCCAGGUUGUUUGGCUGCAGCUGACAGAUGUUCCAGCACUGAAGGCUGUAAACCAGUUCCUUCAGCUGAAACACCAGGAUGUAGCAGACUGGGUGAUUAAGCAUCUGGGCUUAGGUUGCUUGCUGCAAUACAGAAGCUCUGACUGAAGUCCAGAACACAGCCCAAUUUGGGUGUGGAGAGGUUGGCUGUUAGAGCAGAAGAUAAUCUGAGAAAAAAUGCACAUUCUUCACAACAACUCGAGCUUAAAGUGAAGGGCUUGCAGGAGGUGAUAAUCUGUAAGCGGAAGCUGCCCUGAAAAUGAAGUUGGGCCCUCGUGAAAUACUGUUUCGCUCGCGUAUUCUGAGGUUUCAUGUGCUGCUCUCCUGGCUCAGGCUGUCUCUGACCAAGUGCUGUGUGUAAGUGCAAGGUCAUUAAAAUGAUUAUCUGCCUCCGCCUUGUAGUGGUGCUUUGGUGCCAGAGUGCGAAGCUGAGCUGACAGACAGGAGGAACAGGGAAGCUGCCUUGCAUUGGAGCCUUAGAGACCUUUUCUGUUUCCUCAUGGACAUUCCUUAUCCCACUGUCCUUUGGGAACGAGACCCAUUGCUGUAGCUACAGCGAAGUUCCUGGGUUUUUAGCAGAAUUUCAUUGGCUCUUGCAUGGAGUAGCAGCCUUUUAAGGGUGUUUCUCCUUUUUUUCCUCCCCAUCCUAAAGAAAGGCUUGUGACCUUCGAAUCAAUCAAACUGUAAUGUCAGCAAAGCAUUAAAGUUUUGCUUGGCAAACAUCUGAAGGCUUCAGAUGCUUAAUCUCUUCAUCAAAGAUUCCAGAUUUCUAAAAUCCUACGUGCCAUUUUGUGUGGAAUGUUGUCUAUUAAAGAAGACUGUUUUGAACCCAAAAGAAGCUAAGUUUACAGAGGAAUCUGCAUGGCUUUUGUGUUGCUAUCACAUUGGAGAUUAAUGAAAUACCUGGUUAUUUUCCAGAGUUCAGUUAAAUUCUGUUUUAGUUGUUGCUGUAGCAAAGCCUGCGUGGAAAUGGCUUAAAGGGCUUCAUGGUGUCAGAUUCUACCCCUCUAAUAACCAAAUCCAGUUCAACAAGAGUCCUAGAAAUAGCAAUUUACAGAUGCAUUUCUUUAUAAAGUGCAAGUACUAUUCAAGAUGUGCAUCUGGGAAUGGUGAGCAGACAAUCUCCAGAUGUUUACUCAUUUGCAGGUACUCCUGGCUUCCUUAACUAGAUCCAUGUUAAAUAAUUUGAGUCCUGUAGGUUAUUCAGGAUGAAUAUUCUGUCUGGUUCCAGAGUAACCUGUUCUGUCCAUGGCAUUUUUCUCUUCUAUUUUUUUCCCUGUCCCUCUCUGGAACUCUGUGCCAUGUCUUCUGUAUAAGAGCAAGAUCAGCUGGUUUUGAACUUGGGAGAGGUGAACUGUUUGAAUAGGCUCAGCUUCUUUGCUGACUCAAAGAAGUUUGGCCCUUGCUCUCUUGACAGCGUUGUUCAGGUGUGAUUUGUAGCAGUGCUCACAGUCAGCUUUCUUCAAUCAUAAAACUGACUCAGGCAGUCAAUCUGCAGGAUAAAGUCUCCCAGUUCCAUUGUCAGAGGUGUUUUUAUUUCUUGUCAGUGGAGAGUUCUAUGAGCCCGUCAUUAACAUUCGCUGGAUGCCCGUGGUCGUGGCAGGAUUUUUCACUGCACUGCUUGUCUAGAGAAACAGAAUAGACAGAGCUUGAGAGCUUCAAGUUGAGGAGCUUGUUAGGGUAUGACAGGACAGUUGCUUUUCCCCAUCGAUCAGAUCUGCAGCUCUGAUGGUAAUAAGGCAAUUUGAGUAUCCCUCACGUAGCACAGAGGUUAUCAAAGUUUUGGGUAACAGCCCAGAGAGGGACAAGGAGUGAUGAAUGUGCAGGUUUGAGCUGGCCUUGUGUGUAGUGAAGAUCUGUUAAAGAGAUGCCAACACUCUUCAGCACGCUCUUCAUACCAGCAGUGAUGCAUGUGCUCCAUGAGUGUCUCUAUUUCAUAUGACAGCUGUGGUUGGGCUGUGUCUUAACAGGACUUGGAAGGGAUGUUGUGAGUUGAUUCCAGUUCCCUGUUACCUUCUCUAGCUGUAGAUGGAUGUUCUCUUGCCUGUAAUACCUUGGAUUUGAGGUAUUCUAACAAAUAGCAGCAUAUAGUUUGUUAGCACAUCCUUUGUCCUUUGGGUUCAGGGUCCCAUUUUUCAUUUGAAACGUGCAGGUUUCUAAAGCAGUGAGUUGAUCUGUUUCUUGCCACACUCCUCCUUUGUUGACUUAGUUUUGGCUGCUUGGAUGGAGAAAGUGGUUCAAAUGAUGAAUCAGUGUUCACUGCUGAGCACUCUAAAUGGAAAAACAGCGUAACUCUUGGUUGUAUUCAUUGAGUAAGGGUUAGGGAACUAAGGAAUCUCUGGGGUUUCUGUGUGAAUUUGCAGUCAAAUGGGAAUGGCUGUCUUAAUUCUGGUGCAGGAUUUUUUUUUUUUCUAUGACUACUGCUGGAUCAAGAGAAUUGUCCUUCAGUGCAUUAAGAUUCAAACAAAGCUGUUGAACCUCUUCUAAAUGACCUGUAGCCUGUUCUGGAAGAGUUAAAGCUGUUUUCUGAGUGCUGUCCAGAUACAUUUGGGAUAGAAUGUCAGGCUAUUAAGACUUGUUUGCACUUGCUUCUCUCUGGAUGACAGCACAAGCUAUAGCUGAGGUCAGCUUUGUCUGUAUUUCACUGUGAAGAGAUUUCUGUUGCAAAAACUCAAGAGCUGUUGCUCAGCUGAAUUCAUCCGUGGACAGACCAUCCUUUUUGGAGGGCAUCCAGAACGGAAACUCGCUUGGCAAAGUGAUCUUCAGUUGAGACUCCUGUUACCUCUGUAAAGCACAGUGCUGCCACCUGAGUCACCAGGAAUGAGCACGAAGGGAAGACUGGCUUAGCUUGCAGUAACUGGUUCUUGGAGAUCUGUGUGUAUUCCUUCAUUCUCCGUAUCCCACAGUGUCUCGAAUUUGUCAUUUGGAGUGCUGAACAUUAAGAGAAUUGUUCUUGAUGCCCCACCUACCCUGUCAUGUGAGUUUUCACAUGUCCUUCCAAGGACAGAGGUGUGCUGGGUCCCUGGUCACUGUCACAGGUUCUGGCUUCUGUUUCAUCUACCCAGAGAAUGGUGCAUGUGGGCAUGUGGUGACACCAGUUACUGUAAGGUAAGUCAUCCCCAUGCCUCUCCCUUCUGUCCGUGUGACAGUGCCGUGCUGUGUCUCCGAAGAGCACACUGCAGUCAGAUGACAGUUUGACAUUCAGGGAUAUAAACAUGAGACACUGCAGACAAGUAGAAAACAAUCCUAUGAAAUUACAUCCUGUUUCCUAGUGGCAAUAACACGUCUUGUUUUCAAACUGUUGGUCUGAAUUCCCGCUUGAGGAAUGUGGCAUCCAGCUGGUGCAUAAGCCUGUUUUCCAGUGCCAGCAGUAGGUGUGAGCGAGAGGUGCUUGUUUGAACUAAAGGGUGUUGGUUAAACAUCAUUACCUUCGGAAAUGGACGCCAGGAACUCUGCAAUUCCAAGAUGGAGCAGCAUUUUCCCCUUUGAAUGACCAUAACUGAUGUUUAGUUCUCCUGCUGUGAAGGCUGUUUCUCGUUUUCAUCCCGUAUCACUUCUCCUCUGCAUCUUCACCUUUGCCAUGGUCCUGGUGCCUGAGGCAAAGGACCAAAGCAAGGCAGCGAAGGGCAGGAGAAGAGGCCUGGCACGGCCCCCAACAGCCACCCCUGCCCUUACCUGGGCCCCAGAUGACCCUUACACCACCAUGGCAGACUACGAGCACAGCAUCCAGGACAUGGUGCGCCAGCUGAGGAACAGCUCUGAGCCAGGUGACACCAAGUGCCAGGUCAACCUGAGGCUCUGGAGGUCCAACCGGAGGAGCCUGUCCCCCUGGGCCUACAGCAUAAACCAUGAUGCAACACGGAUCCCAGCAGACAUCCCUGAGGCCCGAUGCCUCUGCACUGGCUGCAUCAACCCCUUCACGAUGCAGGAGGACCGCACCAUGGCCAGCAUUCCCAUCUACAGCCGGCUCCCUGUCCGCCGGCUGCUCUGCCAGGUGCCAGGAGAGGUGGGGCACAAGCCCUCUGGGAAGAAGAAGUGUCACAAGAAGUACCAGAUGGUCAUGGAGACCAUCGCCGUGGGCUGCACCUGCAUCUUCUGAGGUUGCAAAGCUAACCCCUGCAGCUACCCAUAGGCAUCUAACCAGCUUGCUCUUGCUUCCUGAGCUU